AUGACCACCCCGAUUCCCCAACCAGCGACCGUGCCUUUCCUCGGAAAUGCGCCUUCUGUGGACCGUGAGUUCCCCAUGAAGUCUUUUUCGCUUCUGGCGAAGAAGUAUGGGGAAAUUUACCAACUCACGAUGCCAGGUCGUCAGAUGGCACUUCUCUCGUCGUAUCGAUUGGUCAAUGAAGUGUGCGACGAGAAGCGUUUUCAAAAACGCGUCGGCGGUGGGCUUGGCGAAGUACGCAAUCUUACUGGAGAUGGCUUGUUCACAGCUCAGCCUGAAGAGUCUAAUUGGGGAAUUGCGCAUCGUCUUUUAAUGCCUGCAUUCGGGACCCUUGCGGUAAAGGACAUGAUGGAGGAGAUGCGUGAUAUUACUAGCCAACUUCUGCUUAAAUGGGAGCGUUUUGGGUCCGAAACUACCAUCGAUGUUGCUGACGACUUCACACGUCUGACCCUCGACACAAUCGCAUUUUGCUCGAUGUCCUACCGCCUCAACUCUUUUUACACGGCGGAUCAACCCGAAUUUGCUACUGCAAUGGGCGACUUUCUUCUCGAAUGUGGUUCCCGGGCAACACGUCCCAAGUUGGUCCAGUCAAUGAUGCGCAAGACCAACGCCAAAUAUUACACUGAUCUGAACUUAAUGCGCGAGCUGGCGGACACCAUUGUGAAGAAUCGGCGGCAAAACCCUGUCGAGAAGCAUGACUUGCUUGAUACGAUGCUCAAUUCUCGGGAUCCAAAAACGGGACAGGCCAUGUCUGAGGAGUCCAUUGCACAGAAUCUUCUGACGUUUCUCAUUGCUGGCCAUGAGACUUCAUCCGGCAUGAUGACAUUCAUGGUUUACUACCUCCUCAAACACCCCGAUAAGAUGCGAAAGCUUCGUGCUCAAAUCGACGAAGUGCUUGGAGAUCGACCUGUUCAGUAUGAAGACUUUGACAAACUAACAUAUCUAACCGCCGUUAUGCGUGAAACUUUGAGGUUGGCUUCGACUGCACCUAUUCGCGCAGUUCAGUCUUUGGAGGAUACCACCAUCGCUAAUGGCCGGUAUGCUAUCAAAAAAGGUACUGCAAUGAUAAUCCUGGCUUGGGAGUUACAUCGUGACCCCAGUGUAUGGGGCGAGGAUGCCGAAGAGUUCAAGCCCGAACGGAUGAUGAAUGGGAAAUUUGAAGCAUUACCGCCUAAUGCUUGGCAACCAUUUGGUUUCGGUCUGCGUGCCUGCAUCGGGCGUGCAUUUGCCUGGCAAGAGGUUCUUCUUGUGAUGGCCUCGGUCAUCCAGAAAUUCGACCUUUCGUUCGCCGACCCGUCGUACAAUCUCGAGAUCAAACAGACCUUGACGGUGAAACCCAAGGGCUUGAACAUCCGCGCUACUUUGAGGAGUGACAGAGUCCCAAAUCUCUACUCGAUUCCCGCCUCUGCUCUGAUGUCUGGCCGAAAUGUAGCGCACGAAUUGAAGGGGAUUGACGGGAUGGGUGCUAGUCAAGCGGAUGACUUAAAGCCCGUCUAUGUGCUAUAUGGAUCAAACACGGGAACAUCUGAAGGUUUCGCGCAAAGAAUCGCAAAUUCGGCCCCUUCAUAUGGCUUUCGUGCUUCUAUCGGCACCCUUGAUUCUGUAGUCGAAAAGCUACCCUCAGAUGGGCCGGUCAUCAUCAUCACGGCUUCCUUUGAAGGCGAACCAGCCGAUAAUGCGGCCCAUUUCUUCAACUGGUUAGAAAACCUGCCUUCAAACACGAUGCUUGCAAACGUCGGCUUUGCUGUUUUUGGCUGCGGAAACUUGGAUUGGGCCAACACCUUCCAACGAAUACCAACUUUAAUAGAUAAGAUUCUGGCUGAGCGCGGCGCAACAAGAUUGGCUCGGCGAGGGUCUGGUGAUGCCGGAGGGAGUGGAUUAUUCCAGGCAUUCGAGCAAUGGGAGGCGGAAGUGUGGUCUUCGUUGUCUACAAAGUACGGAACUUCUCCUUCGAUGUUGCCCGCCAGCACCUUGGAGGUCAAGACUGUUGGCAAGGAGCGCGCGUCUGCUUUGCGCCAGGCCGACGCGCUACUGGGAAGAGUCGUGGAGAAUUGCAUCUUGACAAAAAUGGGGCCUGUGAAACGCCACAUAGAGUUUGAACUCCCUCCAGAGAUGAGUGCUCGAGCGGGAGACUACGUUGCGAUACUUCCGCAAAACCCACUUCGUGAUGUCCAUCGUGUACUGGCUCGUUUUGGUUUAUCGAACGAGGAAGAGGUUGUGCUUUCUGCAACGGGACCGACUUCGCUACCUGUGGGGAAGCCUGUCAAACUAUCAGAAAUCUUGACCGGUUAUGUGGAACUUGCCCAACCUGCAACGACUCGCGAUCUUCAAACUCUCAUCGCCGCUUCCGAAUCUGAAACCACACGCAAAUAUCUGGAACAACUCAAAGCCAACUACGAUGAGGCUGUGCAGGCCAGACGCUUUAGCGUAUUUGCUAUCAUUGAAAGUUAUCGCGACAUUCAAAUCUCUAUCGGCGCAUUCUUACAAAUGCUCCCAUCCAUGCGUGUUCGCCAAUACUCCAUCUCGUCCUCUCCACUAUGGAAUCCUUCGCACAUCACCAUCACGCUCAGCAUUCUGGACGCCCCUGCCUUUUCUGGAACUCGCGAUGUUCCUUUUCUCGGAGUGGGCUCAAACUACCUCGCCAGCCUGAUACCUGGCGAUCGAGUACAGAUGAUAAUCCGACCAUCUGCCACUGCUUUCCAUCUUCCUGAAGACCCCUUCGUUCCCAUUGUCAUGUUCUGCAGCGGCGCCGGACUCGCGCCUUUCCGUGGCUUCAUACAAGAAAGAGCUGCGCAGAAGUCGGCUGGUCGGGCUGUUGGCAAGAUGCUCCUCUUCUUUGGCUGUCGUUCGCCCGAAUGGGACUAUCUCUACUCGGAUUCAGACUUGAAGGAGUGGGCGGCUAAUGGCGUUGUUGAUAUUCGACCCGCAUUCUCCCGCGCCCCGCAUUUGUCGGAAGGAUGCAAAUAUGUCCAAGAUCGUGUAUGGAAGGACAAUGGCGAUAUUCAGCAAGCUUUCGCUGAUGACGCCUUGUUCUUCACCUGCGGCUCGUCUGCGGUGGCCAAAGGAAUUAAGAAGACGUUGAUUGACAUUAUUCAGGUCAUGCAUCACACAAACGAGGAGGACGCUACGCAGAGGUUUCAGAAGAUCGUGAAAGGACGGUAUGCGACGGAUGUAUUCGACUAG